ACUUCUCUGCCAACUUCGCCAACUCGCCGGCACUUGGAGCGGCCCGGCUCCCCUCCUGGCGCCCUCGGGCCGCCCCCGCCCUGAGCUCCCUUGGUUCAGAUCCUCUCGGACGACCGGGCUCCAGGGGAGCCGAGUGAGCCGUCUUCCCUAUCCGGCCUUAGCUCUGGCCGCAGCUGGCGCGCGAGCCAUGCGCCCCCAGUGCCCCUUGGUCCAGCCCGUCGCCCGGGGGCUGCUUUGCUGACUGCCCAGCCGCGUGCCCCAACGGUGGCAAGUUGCAGCCGCUGCGGUUGCAAACCCCAGCGGGCCCGGAGGAGUCCCGGCGUGGAGCGCAGCGCGGCGCCCCCCCGCCCUCGCUUGCCCCCCAGCAGCCGGGCGCCCGCUCACUCUCCAUCCCCCACCGCCCCUUCCUUUUCUCCUCAAGUCCUGAAGUUGAGUUUGAGAGGCGACACGGCGGCGGCGGCCGCGCUGCUCCCACUCCUCUGCCUCCCCAUGGAUAUGCACUGCAAAGCAGAUCCCUUCUCCGCGAUGCACCGGCACGGGGGUGUGAACCAGCUCGGGGGGGUGUUUGUGAACGGCCGGCCCCUACCCGACGUGGUGAGGCAGCGCAUCGUGGAGCUGGCCCACCAGGGUGUGCGGCCCUGUGACAUCUCCCGGCAGCUGCGGGUCAGCCAUGGCUGUGUCAGCAAAAUCCUGGGCAGGUACUACGAGACUGGCAGCAUCAAGCCCGGAGUGAUUGGUGGCUCCAAGCCCAAGGUGGCAACGCCCAAAGUGGUGGACAAGAUUGCUGAAUACAAGCGACAGAACCCGACUAUGUUCGCCUGGGAGAUCCGUGACAGGCUGCUAGCUGAGGGCAUCUGCGACAAUGACACAGUUCCCAGCGUCUCAUCCAUCAACAGGAUCAUCCGGACCAAAGUUCAGCAGCCUUUCCAUCCAACGCCGGAUGGGGCAGGGACAGGAGUGACUGCCCCUGGCCACACCAUCGUUCCCAGCACAGCCUCCCCUCCUGUUUCCAGCGCCUCUAACGACCCAGUGGGAUCCUACUCCAUCAAUGGGAUCCUGGGGAUUCCUCGCUCCAACGGUGAGAAGAGGAAACGCGAGGAAGUCGGGGUUUACACUGAUCCUGCCCACAUUAGAGGAGGUGGAGGUUUACAUCUGGUCUGGACUUUAAGAGAUGUGUCUGAGGGCUCUGUCCCUAAUGGAGACUCCCAGAGUGGUGUGGAUAGUUUACGGAAGCACCUUCGAGCCGACACCUUCACCCAGCAGCAGCUGGAAGCUCUGGAUCGAGUCUUUGAGCGUCCUUCCUAUCCCGAUGUCUUCCAGGCUUCAGAGCACAUCAAAUCAGAACAGGGGAAUGAAUACUCUCUCCCAGCCCUGACCCCUGGGCUUGAUGAAGUCAAGUCCAGUCUAUCUGCAUCCACCAACCCUGAGCUGGGCAGCAAUGUGUCAGGCACACAGACAUACCCCGUCGUGACCGGUCGUGAUAUGGCGAGCACCACUCUACCUGGUUAUCCCCCUCAUGUGCCCCCCACUGGCCAGGGAAGCUACCCUACCUCCACCCUGGCAGGAAUGGUGCCUGGGAGCGAGUUCUCAGGCAACCCAUACAGCCAUCCCCAGUACACCGCCUACAAUGAGGCUUGGAGAUUCAGCAACCCCGCCUUACUAAGUUCCCCUUAUUAUUAUAGUGCCGCCCCCCGGGGCUCCGCCCCUGCCGCUGCUGCCGCUGCCUAUGACCGCCACUAGUUACCGCGGGGACCACAUCAAGCUUCAGGCAGACAGCUUCGGCCUCCACAUCGUCCCCGUCUGACCGCCCACCCCAGAGGGAGGGAGGACCGAAGCGACGCGCUGCCUCUCGGCCACCGUCCCUGUCCCACCCCCACCUCCAGACACCCCGACCCCCGCAGCCCUUCACAUCACCCUGUCGAUGGCCAGACAGGACAGGUGGAGCUGCGGUGGGACCCUCAGGCCCCAGCCCCGCCCGUCGCCCCUCCCCGUCUGCCUGAACCGCGGCGCCGCCCGGAAGCCCGCCGGCCUCUGGCCCGCGCGCCGGACACGUUUCUGUGACACACAAUCAGCGUGGCCCACCCGGGGGCAGCCCACUUCGGACGCCCGGGAGCCGGGAGGCUUCGCUGGAGACGCUGAGCAAGGGAAGCUAAGGAAAGGACUUCGUGCUGAAGGAGGAGCCGCCGGCGAGACCCUUGGGGGGGAAUCCUGCCCCACCCCCUUGUGCCUGCCAGGCUGACCCCGCCUUCUGUCUGCGCCCGGCCCCCGACUGUGACACUGGGACGCAAAGGUCGGACUCGAGGGACAGCGUUUGGGGUGACGGCGUGUUCCAAGGCUGGUACCCAAGGCGAGCAGACGCCAACUGAGCUCAUCCACCUGAACUGCCUAGUUCCCCGGGGCCUGGGAUCGCCUCCUGCAGUGACUCUACUCUCGGCCCCGCCUUGCCCCUACGUCAGCGCCUCUUCCACCUGCUGGCCUCUCAUUUUUUCCUUCCUGCGCUUCCUUGGCUCAUCCCACGACACCUUGUGUUUGGCCCCAAGCACGCAGCCACGUCGGGGCCACCGCGGGAACCGUGUCCUCAGGCUGCGGCUGCGAGCAUUGAACUUUCCCAUCAGUAAUGUGCUGUCCCCCCCCCACCCCUCAACUCUCCCAUCCCAAACUUCCAACCUGCGGACGCAAGGAGCCCGGAGGGAACUGACGACCGAGCUGCCCGAGAUGAAAACUCCGGGCUGCCCGCCCUAUUCCCCCACCCCCCAGCCUUCCCUUGGGCAGGAGCUGAACAGAGCCGCAAAGGAAAAAAAAAAGUCUACACUUAUUUAAUAUGAUGGUCUUUGCAAAAAUGAACAAAACUAAAACCUAACAGGCUGCUUUGUAGAAAGACGGUGCGUGCUGUGGAGGCGAACCUCUCUCUGUACAUAUCCCCUCCCUCUCUGUCCCGCCCCGCCGGGUACCGUAGAGUCUCUGUCCUCCCCAACUCCACCCUGCCUGUAGAUACACCCUUCUGUCCGUGCUGUGAGAGUCGCCGCUCGCUAGGGGGGAGGGGGGGACACAGCUACAUGCCCACUAAAGCACAGCACGUCCUAGGGGAGGGGGGCAUUUUUUACGUUACAAAAAAAAUUAUGAAAGAAAUCUCUAUGCAAAAUGACGAACAUGGUCCCGUGGACACCUCUCGCCUGUUUUGUUGGCUGUUUCUCUGUAAUUCCGUGUUUUCCCGCUCACCACCCUGCAUCUCUCCCAUUUCAUCUCCCUUUACUCUGCUGUUCUCCACCCUUCUGUGUCUCUUUCUCUGCUUCACUUGUCUCUGUCUCGGUCCCUUCUGCCUCAGGCCUCCAAGGCUACAUUAAAGGUGGCAGAGCCAACCUCGGGGCUUGUCCCCUUGUGGCCAUGCCCCACGUGCCCGACAAGGCCGCCCUGCCCCGCCCCACCCUGUAGUUGCUCUCUCGGUAGCGGCGAUGCUCCCUGCAUGUCUCCUCAACCGUGGAUCGUGACGACUCGAAAUAACAGAAACAAAGUAAAUAAAAGUGAAAAAAAUAAGUAAAUAAAUAAAUAAAUAAAUAAAUAAAAAUCCUUGAACAAAUCCGAAAAGGCUUGGAGUCCUAGCACAGAUUGCCUUUCCCUUCGAGCCUUUUUAUUUGAAAAGGAAAGCGAGAAAAGAAAACAGUCUAAGGGAACUGCCGGCGUCCGACCGUGGCUGGAGCCGGAUGGCGAGGGCAACGAGGUCCCAGCUUCGAGGCCCAGGCUGACCCCAGUCUUGUGUGGAGCUGGCCGCGCUCCAGGAGUGCGGAAUCCAGAAUAAGGCUUAGCCUUCCACAAGUGCCGGGCUCCUCCGACACUUUCAGCUUGUCGGUUCGUUUUGAUUAUUUUUUCCUUUUUUUUUCUUUAUUUCUUUCUUUCCUUCUCUCUCUUCUUUCUUUUUUUGUGCACAUGAUAAAUAAUAAUAAAUAAUAAUAAUAAAAUUUUGUAUGUCACUCC